CUUUUGAAAACCCUCGAGAACCCUAUUCCGUCCGCGUCGGUCGCUUGUGAACACUUCGUCGUCGCCAUCUCUCACAUCCCCUCCUCUCCCACGGCGGUUCUCUAAUGGAUCCCGAGUUCCUAUUCGACGGGGCGAGCUCCGACGAGGAGGCGGGGGUUGAAGAGAGGGCGGCCCAGUCCCCGUGGGAGUUCGCCUCUUACUCGGAGUCCGUUGCCGAGGAACACGCCCGCAGGAACACUACCUCCAUCGACGCCAAGAUCACCAAGGCCCUCCAGGAGCGCGCCGUUUCUCUUCCCGAAGAUGGAGACGGUGAAGAGGCGGAGGAGGAGCCGGAACUCAGUGACGAGAUUCUUUUUGGUGACGAACUUGGGAAACAAGUGAAUCAUAAAUCUCGUAAGGCUGAUGGUGGAAAUUCGGGUGCGAGGGCUCAUUCUUUUUUUGCAUCACAUGAAGGAGCGUCCUUCCAUGCAAAUUCUUUCCUCGAAUUAAAUCUGUCUCGCCCUUUAGUUAGAGCAUGUGAAGCCUUGGGAUAUCAGAAGCCAACACCCAUCCAGGCUGCAUGCAUACCAUUAGCAUUAACUGGGCGUGAUAUAUGUGGAAGUGCCAUGACAGGAUCUGGCAAGACAGCUGCUUUCACUCUCCCUGUAUUGGAACGUCUACUUUUCCGCCCAAAGCGUAUCCUUGCAAUCAGAGUGCUAAUUCUAACUCCAACAAGGGAGCUGGCUGCACAGGUUCAUAGUAUGAUUGAGAAACUUGCUCAAUUUACAGACAUCAGAUGUUGCCUUGUUGUUGGUGGGCUUUCAACAAAGGUUCAAGAAGCAGCCUUAAGAUCAAUGCCUGAUAUUGUGGUAGCUACUCCAGGGCGAAUAAUAGAUCAUUUACGAAAUUCGCUUUCGGUUGGACUUGAAGAUCUUGCUGUUGUAAUCCUUGAUGAGGCAGAUCGCCUUCUGGAAUUAGGUUUUAGCGCUGAAAUACAAGAGCUGAUACGGAUGUGUCCAAAACGGAGGCAAACUAUGUUGUUCUCUGCAACUAUGACUGAAGAAGUAGAUAAGCUUGUCAAGCUUUCAUUGAAUAAACCUGUACGACUGGAGGCUGAUCCAUCUUCCAAGAGACCAGCUACAUUAACAGAGGAGUUUGUCAGAAUACGUCGUGCACGUGAAAUAAACCAGGAAGCAGUUCUUCUUUCACUCUGCUCAAAGACUUUCACUCAGAAAGUGAUAAUUUUCAGUGGAACGAAACAAGCUGCACAUAGGUUGAAAAUAAUAUUUGGUCUGUCUGGAAUGAAAGCUGCUGAGCUACAUGGAAAUCUUACUCAAGCACAACGUCUUGAUGCUUUGGAACAAUUUAGAAAGCAAGAAGUGGAUUUUCUAAUUGCAACUGAUGUUGCUGCUCGUGGUCUCGACAUAGUUGGUGUUCAGACAGUAAUUAAUUUUGCUUGCCCUCGUGAUUAUAAAAGUUAUCUUCAUCGUGUUGGUCGUACUGCUAGAGCUGGGCGUGAAGGAUAUGCUGUUACAUUUGUCACCGAUGACGAUCGAUCUCUCUUAAAGGCCAUUGCAAAGAAAGCCGGCUCACAGCUGAAGAAUCGGAUUGUUGCAGAAAGACCAGUUGCUGAGUGGUCAAAAUUAGUAGAACAAAUGGAGGAUCAAAUUUCUAUUGUUCUUCAAGAAGAAAGGGAAGAGAGGGCUUUGAGGAAAGCUGAAAUGGAAGCUACAAAGGCAGAAAACAUGAUCAUGCAUAAGGAAGAAAUAUUUUCACGCCCCAAAAGAACCUGGUUUGCAACUGAGAAGGAGAAAAAGGCUUUAGCUAAGGCUGCAAAAGCAUCCCUGGGUAAAGAUCAAAAUGGUCUGAAUGAGGUAAUGAGUUUACAGGAAGCAGAAGAUCUGAAAUUGAAGGAGAAAAGGAGGAGGGAGCGAGAGAAAAAUCUGCCUCGGAAGAAACGUCGUAAAUUGGAAGCAGCUAGAGAGAUGUUAGAGAAUGAAGAUAACGAUGAGGAUCAGGAAACUGAAGGUGGAAAUAAAAAAAAGACAAGGCAGUCACUUGUUGAUCUAGCUUAUAAGCGAGCCAAAUCAGUGAAAGCCAUGAAGAAAAUGCAUGAAGCUGGGAGGAAUUUGAAGAAGACUAUCAAGUAUAAAAACAAACCUGUUCAAAAGGAUCAGACAAGGAAAGAAGAAAUGCUCGAGUUAUUCCAAAAUGAUAUGAGUGAUAAAAAACAAGCACGUAUCGGUAAGAAAAGUAGCAAUGUUUCAGGGCAGAGAAAAUCAAAAAGCUCUUUUAAGAGCAAAUCAAGGUACAAGCGCAAGAAGUAGGAGAAAUUUGUGGACAGUAUAUACAAAAUUUGACAGGGAUGCUUCCCGGUCGGACCACGAUUAAGCAGGUUUGAGUUUUCGAAGCAUCUGUUGUUUGCCUGAAGAUGGAUUGAUCAAAUGUGAGGGAGCAACUUUGAUUCGUGGCUGUAGGCAUUAACUUUGAUUCCUAAAAUGUUUACAUGUAUGUCUUACAUAUGCUGCCAUGUCUUGCAACAUGUAAACUUAUGAGAUUUUAUCUUUUUCUUUCUAUAUCCUCCGAGAUGGCUGUCAUGAUUUAAAUGGCUAUGCAGCCAUCAUCACAUAACUAUUGAGUUACUAUGGCGUUAAUUCUUGAUAUAAAGUUAUAAUUUUGA